AUGGCGGCGAUAAUACAUGUUGCAGUGGGCGACUUCAACAGAGAUAGCCACCUGGAUAUUGUCACUACGAACGGCAACGAUAAAACAGUGAGCGUCUUGCUCGGGACUGGAUCAGGGAGCUUCCAGGCGCAGACCACCUUCCCUGUAGGGUCUGCUCCAUUUGGUGUUGCAGUGGGCGACUUCAACGGAGAUGGCCAUCUGGAUAUCGUGACUACGAAUAGCAACGAUAAUACAGUGAGUGUCUUACUCGGGACUGGAUCAGGAAGCUUCCAGGCGCAGACCACCUUCGCUGUAGGGUCUGCUCCAUCUGUUGUUGCAGUGGGCGACUUCAAUAGAGAUGGCCAUCUGGAUAUUGUAACUGCGAAUUUCCGCGAUAACACAGUGAGUGUCCUGCUCGGGACUGGAUCAGGGAGCUUCCAGACACAGGCCACCUUCGCUGUGGGGUCUGCUCCAUUUGGUGUUGCAGUGGGCGACUUCAACGGAGAUGGUUAUCUCGAUAUUGUGACUGCGAAUGACGUCGAUAGCACAGUGAGCGUCUUGCUCGGGACUGUAUCAGGGAGCUUCCAGACACAGACUACCUUCGCUGUAGGGUCUGCUCCAUUUGGUGUUGCAGUGGGCGACUUCAACGGAGAUGGCCAUCUGGAUAUCGUGACUUCGAAUUCCGCCGAUAGCACAGUGAGCGUCUUGCUCGGGACUGGAUUAGGGAGCUUCCAGACACAGGCCACCUUCGCUGUAGAGAACGAUCCACUUAGUGUUGCAGUGGGUGACUUCAACGGAGAUGGCCUUCUCGAUAUCGUGUCUGCGAAUACCGCCGAUAGUAACGUGAGCGUCUUGCUUGCGACUUGUGUGGAUUGA